AGACGGGCCGCGGAGCACCCGCGGGGAGGCCGGCGCGCUCGGCUCCGCGUACUGGGUCUCGGUCGCCGCGCCCGGCCGGCCCCGCGCGGAUGGAGGCGGCGGCGGGACGCCUGCGCGCGGACGCCGCCUGCUGCUGACCAGCCUGGGGUUUAUGGAGAGGGGCUCGGAGGGCAGCUCUGGGUACCGCCACGCCCAGCAUCGCCGCCGCGCCUGCUGCUGAGGCCCCCGCGCCCCCGGCCCUCACCAUUGCCCUCGCCCACCCAUGGCCCCCGCUGCCCGGCCCUGGGCCGGCUCCGCCGCCUGAGCCCCCUGCCCGCCUCCAGGACUCGCCGUGCCCCGAUGGGGUAACGUGACGGCCGCCCCGCGCCACAGCCGCCGCCUGCCCGCCACCCCAGGGCCACCCCGUUGGUUCAGUUCAAGUUCCUUUUUUCUUUGCUCUCUGGGGGUUUGGGGCCUUUGAGCCAAGGCGGCCGGUGACCCGUCCACUGAUGCAGAGAGGGUGUCCCCGGCGACAGCACAGCGCCGGCCACAGCCACGGCCGCCGCGGCCGCCGUCCCCUUGGCCUUUGGAAAGUUUCCUCGGCUGAGUUUUUUGGGUCGUCGUCAUCUUCUCUUUUGCCCCCUUGUCAUUACCCAGCUCUGGGAGGCGCGCGCUUGGACUCGCCCGUUUUCCUUCCUGGGGGCUGUUUCGUUCCUUUUGUUUCCUAAUCAUCCUCACCUCCCCGGGCACCAUCCUCCCCCCUCCCAAGUAUUUGCACAAUAUUUGUGCGGGGCGUGGGGGGCGGGUUUUUUAGAAAGCGUUUCCGCUCUCGGACAAGCACAGGGGUCCGCUUCUGCCUGGGCCCGGGGUGCCGGUGGGCCGGCCUCUCCCUCGGCCGGGGCGCAGCCAUGGCGCGGAUGAACCGGCCGGCGCCGGUGGAGGUGGAAUACAAGAACAUGCGCUUCCUCAUCACGCACAACCCCACCAACGCCACCCUCAGCACCUUCAUCGAGGAUCUGAAGAAAUACGGGGCCACCACGGUGGUGCGUGUCUGCGAGGUGACCUAUGACAAGGCCCCGCUGGAGAAGGACGGCAUCACUGUCGUGGACUGGCCGUUUGACGAUGGGGCGCCCCCGCCAGGGAAGGUGGUGGAGGACUGGCUGAGCCUGCUGAAGACCAAGUUCUGUGACGACCCGGGCAGCUGCGUGGCCGUGCACUGCGUGGCCGGCCUGGGACGGGCUCCGGUUCUCGUGGCGCUGGCCCUCAUCGAGAGCGGGAUGAAGUAUGAGGACGCCAUCCAGUUCAUCCGGCAGAAGCGGCGUGGAGCCAUUAACAGCAAACAGCUCACCUACCUGGAAAAGUACCGGCCUAAGCAGAGACUGCGGUUCAAGGACCCGCACGCACACAAGACCAAGUGCUGCGUCAUGUAGCUCAGGACCUCAGCGCCUGGCCGCCGGGUCCGAGGGCUCCCUGGCCGCGGUGCCUCCGGCUCGCCUUCUCUGCCGACACCUCAGCACGCCCGCCACCAGUGGUCCAGCUUCCGCCCCGCCGGCUCCUUCGUCUGUCCCCCUGCGUCCCUGUCCUCGCGCCUUUGCGCGCGCGCGUGUGUGUGUGUGUGUGUGUGUGUGUCUGCCACUGUCUGGUCCGUCCUUCCCUUUGUUUCCAUGCCCUAUAUCUGUCUCUCCCUCUGGGCCCUGUGUCUGUCCCUGGGCCCUGUGUGUGACUCUCUGUCCCUGUGCCUUGUGUCUCUCUCUGGGUCCUGUGACUCUGUCCCUCUGAGGCUUUAUUGCCCCUCAGUCCCCCCACUCCCUGUGUCCUUGGCUCUCCUCCCCAUGCCCCCCGCCCCCUGGCAGCUCUCUUCUCUGGCCUGUUUGUUUGGGGGCAGACGGUGUAUUUUUUAACCACUGGGCCCGGCCCUUCCUCUGCAGCCCCUCACCCUGACCUGUUCUUGGCACCUUAAGUUAUUGGGUCUGGGGCGGUCAGGUGUUCCGGACACUCGAAGGCAAUAAAACCGGACCCUGA